AAACUUUUCCAAAUUCAAUAUGUUAAAUCAUUCUUCAUCCACCUAUUUUUUUUUCCUCUCUUGACUUAGUCUACUCCAUCAAAGUGAUGCCCCAUCACACAAAGAAAAUCUCUCACAUAACACAUUGGGUCCUAGUUGUAUAUAAAUGUUCAAUGCAUCACCUAAGUAAACCACCAACAACAUUUUACACUUAACACACAGCUUUUAAAAGAACCAAACUCACACAACAAGUGUUGUUUCUUAGGGACGGUGAGAGAGAUAUGGGAAAAGAGACUGAGCUCCCGGGUUUUAGGUUCCAUCCAACCGAGGAAGAGCUUCUUGAUUUCUACCUCAAGAACAUGGUUUACGGGAAAAGAUCCAAUGUCGAAGUCAUUGGUUUCCUUAACAUCUAUCGUCAUGAUCCAUGGGACUUACCUGGCUUAUCGAGAAUCCUCGGAGAGAGAGAAUGGUACUUCUUUGUGCCAAGGGAAAGAAAGCAUGGGAACGGAGGGAGGCCAAGCAGGACAACUGAGAAAGGAUAUUGGAAAGCAACUGGAUCCGAUCGUAAAAUCAUAAGUUUGUCUGAGCCAAAACGUGUGAUUGGGCUCAAAAAGACGCUUGUGUUCUAUAGAGGAAGAGCACCAGGAGGAAGCAAGACUGAUUGGGUCAUGAACGAGUUUCGGAUGCCUGAUAAUUGCACCUUACCAAAGGACGUUGUGCUGUGUAAGAUAUAUAGAAAAGCCACUUCAUUGAAAGUAUUGGAGCAAAGAGCAGAGAUGGAAGCUAAGAUGAAUCAAACAUGUCCUAACUCUCCUCUCUCGUCUUCUGAGACGAUCUCAUUCGUUGGAAAAGAAGAAAACUCGAUGAUGAUGACUUCGUUCCGUGUUCCUCAAGAAUCAGCCAUGGAAGAAGCAAACAAGAUCCUAACGAUUCAAGAAAACGCGAAAAACGAAGAGAAACAAAGAGAAGCAGAGACCAGAGAAACUUCUUCAUCACUGAAGCUGCCUUUUGGAAGCUUACCAGAGCUACAAUUACCUAAACAAGGAGUAGAAUGGGGACCUGACCAGUUGCUGAGUAUAAGCCCGUGGCUACAGAAUCUUACACCAAUAGUUAACCUAUUAAAUUGGUAAAUAUAUGUCAAGAAAUAAACAUAUUAACUGUUCUUCAAUGUUACUUUGUAAAAGAAACAGAGCGUGUAGCAAAUAGUACUAUUUACUCAACUUUUUAUGUAUCUUUUGUAAGUUUGUAACAGAAGAAAAUUCCAUGUAACACUAUUGAUAGUCUU